CUGCAACGGAGUGCAGAUUGGGUUUUUGGUGUUUUUUUUCUGGUUUUUGCGAAAUCCGCCCGGAUGGGGAUCCCUGGACUUAUCAAUGCGAUCGGCACUGGCGAACGCAUUUCCCUGUCCAGAUUGGCCGUGAACCACCUGGAGCGAACAGCACGGCCGAUCCGAAUCGCGGUGGACAUUUCGAUAUGGCUUUUCCAGGUGCAAGCCGGGCGAGGCGGCACGAACCCCGAACUACGCACGUUAUUCUAUAGACUGCUGAAGCUGCUCGCCCUGCCUAUUCAUCCGCUGUUCGUGUACGACGGGAAAGAGAAGCCGCCGUUCAAGAGAGGCAAGGCCUCGGGAGGCAGCGCCGGGAACCUCCCGAUCAUCCGCCUGUCCAAGGUCCUAGUGGAUCUCUUCAAGUUUCCACGGCACGAUGCUCCGGGGGAGGCAGAGGCAGAAUGCGCGAGACUGCAGACCGCAGGGGUCGUGGACGCCGUGAUGAGUAACGAUGUCGACGCGUUGAUGUUUGGGUCUUCGUGGACGGUGAUGAAUUUCUCGAAGGAGAGUGGGAGCGGGACGACGGCUGCGACGCAUGUCACUUGCUACCGGAUGGGCGAUGGGGAGAAGAAUCCGUCAGUUGCCAAGCUCGAUCGCGCUGGGAUGAUCUUGUUUGCGAUGCUGAGUGGUGGCGAUUACCUGCCGUCGGGGGUUCCCAAGUGCGGGAACAAGUUGGCUGCGGAAAUCGCGAGAGCUGGAUUUGGGGCAGAUCUUUUGGAAAUCAUCAAUUCGAACAGGGCUAGUCUCGAAACGCAGCUGAGCGAAUGGAGAGAGCGGCUCCAGUACGAGCUGGAGGAGAACGAAAGCGGUUAUUUCACCACGAAGCACAAGGCGGUUCGAGUGCCGGAGUCGUUCCCGGAUAAGACGAUUCUCUCGUACUACGCCAAACCCGUGGUGUCUACACAGUCCGACAUAUCAAGUCUACGCAGCCGCCUGGUGAAUGCAUGGGAUCAGGAUCUCAACCCCCUGGAAUUGAGAACAUUCGCAGCGAAUGCGUUCGAGUGGAACUAUCGCUCUGGGGCCAGGAAGAUGAUCAGGCUACUGGCUGAGCCUCUCGUCUCGUAUCGACUUCGCCUGGGAAAACCACCCUCCGCAUUUGCGGAUAAUGAGCCGAAACUCUCGGAUGUCGAUGCGCCGAUGCUUCAGAAAGUGUACAAAAGCCGAACAAGCUUUAGCACGGACGGAUUAACGGAACUGCAGUUAGACUUUGUUCCCAUCGACGUUGUUGGCUUGGAUCUGUUCGCCGAAGAACCUAACCCCCCGCUCCCUUCGCAGGAAACGACGGCCAACGUGUCAGGCGAUGAAGAGGACGCUCUGGAAGAGCCUGCUGCGCCCCAGUCGCCUGUAAAGAAGCGCGUGACGAAGCGAUACGACCCUCUUGCUUCGGAGAAGAUCUGGAUCUUCGAAACUCUAGCCUCGAUAGGCAUUCCGCAGGUGGUGCAAAACUGGAAAAAAGAAGAGGCUGAGAAGUCGGCGCCAAAGAAGCCAGCCGGCCGGAAGACAGGACCGAGGAAAAAGGGACCAAUUGAUCCGGGCAUGAAGCGAGGAAGCAUCCUCAAAUACGGAACCCUCACCAAGGAGCGCUCGGAGAUCUCUCAGUUCAGGAACGCUUCACUCCUCGAGGCUGCUGUCUCGGGAACACCAUCGAAGAAUGGCUCGUCGACGCCUGGGCAGGCCAGUGGCUCGACCGCACCUUCUGGAACGUCGUAUGGCAACGAUUUUGGCUUUCGAAUGCCGGCAUUUGACCAGGAUCUCGGAUUCGACGACCUCACCGAUAGGUUCUCCUUAUUCUGCAAUGUCUCACCUGAUGCAGGCAUCAAGCGACACCCGCUGAUGAACCGGUCUCGUGGGCCAGGGCAGCGGAGAGCCGUUGCGCCUGGUGCUGAGGUAGAAGUCCUGGACAUCAUCGAUUCAGAGCCUUUGGAUUGCUCUCCACCGGCAGCCACCCCUCGACUUCGAAUGAGCUACUCAAAUUCCAGUUAUGAGGAGCUAUCGCUAGCAGAUAGCACAGCGAAUGCUGCGCAUUCAUCCUCUCCUGACCACACGGCUCGCCGCCCCAAGUCGAAACCCGCUCGAUCGAAGCACCAAGAAUCUUCCGAGGUGCAGGAGCUAGAACAAGCCGUAUCAUCAAUCAUUCUCGAAGAUAUCGACGGCAGCCCGAAAAAGAGCACCAAACCUCGCUCGCGUCGUUCGAAGAUCGAACCAAGCAUCCCCAAGAAAGAGUGCAAAGAGGCCAAAUCCACCCCCGAUCCAUCAGACCACCCCACCCCAUCCACAAAAUCCAGCCCCUCUCGUGUCCAGGAUCUUUUGGAAAAAGCGUCCCUUGACAUGCCUUCUCUGCGAAAACAGCAACGCAAGAACACGCCCUCGAGCACGCAGGAAUCCGACGCCAAACCAUCAACCUUUCAACCAAAAACCACCACACCAGCCACCUCGAGUCGUGAAGCCCCUGCUACAGUUUCACACGUGGACUCGAUCGUCGCGUGCGAUGGGUACUGGACCGUUGACGCUGAUCCGGAAUCCGAGCUGGUCUCGAACGGCAAGAAGGGCGGUGCAAAGCAGCGCUUUCGACGCGUUAGCGUCUUGGAUUUGACGUGAUUGGCCGUAUUUGAAAGUCUGGAGGUCUCUAGGUAGACCAGAUGUGCAUAAUAUUGGCGAUUUCUUUUAGGCGUUGGGUGGAUGAUUCAUCUGGAGUUUUAUUUAUUUCUUUCUUCUUUUUUACCCCCGUCCCUCAUAGUAUCGUAUCGGUUGGAUCCUUACCUUUCUCUACAUACCUAAUUAUAUCCAAU